AUGGGCUACUGCCGGUGCAUAGAGCUGCAGAAAGAGAGGGGCAUUCAUUUCUUCCAGACGAGUCCGCUGUGCCGCUUCCAUAUCGCGGGCGAUGGCAAAGCAGGACGACGACAUGCAGCCAGCGUGCUUCAAUCCCACAUUCAUUCCAGUCGACCUGCCGUGUCCCACUUUCACCUAGGCUCGGAGGAGGUCAGCAGAUACCGUCUGGGGGUAAUGGUGCUGCUGAGAUGACCUGUGCGACCUUGCGUACCCCAAGAGAUCAUCCUCCAAUCAAGCGCCUGGAGCAAAACCUAGGUGGGGCGCGGUUGUCGGGUUCACAUGAUGGAUGGGUGACAGGCUUGUCUGCCACCUUUCUCCACCAGUGACUUGGCCUGCCACCUCUCCCUCUACGGCAUAAGUGUGUACUCGUGGUACAAGCCCCCCUACUUCUCUGCCAUGGUGACAUAAGCGGCACUACAAUAUGAGGGAGAGCCAACGUGAGACCGUCUCAUUUCUUUCUCCAGUAGCUGCUGCUGCUGCCGCCACGUCAUCACCCUCUGCAUUUAGUUGGAUAACAAGACUGACUUUGCUGUGAAUAAUUCCCGCUCGCCUUUCUACCCCACAAGCCAAGAGAGACUGUUCCCCGGGGUGCAUUGCUGGGCCGGCGGGGCGGUGCGGCGUGAGACGAUGCUGGGAUGUGUGACACGCCUCCGUCGGCUGGUCCGUCUCCUCCCCCUGCAGACGUCCCUCCUCCUCCUCUUCCUCUUCUGCGCCGUCAGCGUCUUCGUCUCCGCGUACUUCCUCUAUGGCGUCAAGCGGGACCUGGAGCCCUCGGGAGGGGGCAUGUCCGGAGCCGAGGGAGCAUCCGCCGACUCCGAUGACCCCCGGGUGACUCCGUCCCGACUGCUCCCGCUGCGGAGUGUGUCCGGGGGGCCCGGGGUGGAUCCGGGAGCGGCCCGGACAGACCCCGUGGUUUUGGUGUUUGUGGAAAGCCAAUAUUCUCAGCUGGGCCAGGAGAUUGUGGCCAUCCUGGAGUCCGGUCGGUUCCGGUACCGGACUGAGAUUUCUCCCGGUAAAGGCGACAUGCCCACGUUAACGGACAAAGAGAGAGGACGUUUCACGCUGGUGAUUUACGAGAACAUUUUGAAGUAUGUCAACCUGGACGCGUGGAACCGAGAGCUGCUGGACAAAUACUGUGUCGAAUAUGGAGUAGGCAUCAUCGGCUUCUUCAAGGCCAAUGAGAACAGCCUGCUAAGUGCUCAGCUAAAAGGUUUCCCCCUCUUCCUCCACUCCAACUUGGGCCUGAAGGACUGCACUGUCAACCCCAAGUCCCCCCUCCUUUUUAUCACUCGUUCCGGACAGCCCUUACCGGGCCCGCUCCCUGGGGACGACUGGACUGUCUUCCAGUCCAACCACUCCACCUAUGAGCCCGUGUUGCUCGCCAAGACGCAAUCCGCGGAGAGCGUGGCGUCCAUGGGGCAGAACGCCGCCCUCCUUCCAUCGGUGGUGCAGGACCUGGGCCUGCACGACGGCAUCCAGAGGGUCCUGUUCGGCAACAACCUGGUCUUCUGGCUGCACAAGCUGGUGUUUGUGGAUGCCGUCGCCUUUCUGACGGGGAAGAGGCUCUCGCUGUCGCUGGAGCGCUACAUACUGGUGGACAUUGAUGACAUCUUCGUUGGCAAAGAGGGCACUCGCAUGAAGGUGCCUGACGUGAAGGCUCUGCUGGAGACCCAGAGAGAGCUGCGAACUCAUGUGCCCAACUUCACCUUCAACCUGGGCUUCUCAGGGAAAUUCUUUCACGCCGGCUCUGACGAGGAGGAUUUGGGAGAUGACCUGCUGCUCUCCUACGUGAAGGAGUUUUGGUGGUUCCCUCACAUGUGGAGCCACAUGCAGCCCCAUCUAUUCCACAACCAGUCGGUGCUGGCCGAGCAGAUGUUGCUCAACAAGAAAUUUGCCAUGGAGCAUGGCAUCCCCACCAACAUGGGCUAUGCAGUGGCGCCGCACCACUCGGGGGUGUAUCCUGUCCACAUGCAGCUGUACGACGCUUGGAAGAAGGUGUGGGGCAUCAAGGUGACCAGCACAGAGGAGUACCCCCACCUGAAGCCCGCCCGCUUCCGCCGGGGCUUCAUCCACAGUGGCAUUAGCGUGCUGCCCAGGCAGACAUGCGGUCUGUUCACACACACAAUCUUCUAUAAAGACUACCCCGUCAGUCCUAACGAGCUGGACAAGCUCAUCAAUGGAGGAGAGCUAUUCCUCACUGUUCUGCUAAACCCCAUAAGCAUCUUCAUGACCCACUUAUCGAACUAUGGGAACGAUCGCCUGGGUCUGUACACCUUUAAGAGCCUAGUAAAGUUUGUCCAGACUUGGACUAACCUGAAGCUGCAGACCCUGCCGCCUAUCCAGCUGGCCCAGAAAUACUUCAGCCUCUUCCCCUCGGAGAGAGAUCCCCUCUGGCAGGAUCCUUGUGAGGACAAAAGGCACAAGGACAUCUGGUCCAAAGAGAAAACAUGUGACCGUUUCCCCAAGCUGCUAGUCAUCGGGCCUCAGAAAACCGGGACAACGGCGCUAUACUUGUUUCUUGGCAUGCACCCUGACCUGACCAGUAACUACCCCAGCAAGGAGACCUUUGAGGAGAUCCAAUUUUUCAAUGGGCACAACUACCACAGAGGCAUUGACUGGUAUAUGGAUUAUUUCCCCUUGCCGUCAAACACCAGUUCGGACUACUACUUUGAGAAGAGUGCCAACUACUUUGACUCAGAGGUGGCUGCUCAGAGGGCUGCAGCUCUCCUGCCCAAAGCCAAGAUCAUCACCAUCCUCAUCAACCCAGCGGACAGAGCUUACUCUUGGUACCAGCACCAAAGAGCCCAUGACGACCCGGUGGCGUUGAAAUAUUCCUUCCAUGAUGUCAUCACAGCAGGUCACGAUGCUCCAGUCAAACUACGGGUCCUCCAGAACCGCUGCCUGGUGCCAGGCUGGUACGCCAUCCACCUGGAGCGCUGGCUCAACCACUACCACUCCAGCCAGCUGCUCGUCUUGGACGGCCAGAUGCUGAAGACUGAGCCGGCCUCAGUCAUGGACAAAAUCCAGAAGUUUCUAGGCCUGGCCAACACUAUCAACUACCACAAGAUCCUAGCGUUCGACCCCAAGAAAGGCUUCUGGUGUCAGCUGCUGGAGGGAGGGAAGACAAAGUGUUUGGGGAAGAGUAAAGGGCGCAGAUACCCUGACAUGGACCCUGAGUCCCAGGCGUUCCUCAGGGAGUACUACAGGGAUCACAACAUUGAGCUGUCCAAGCUGCUCUACAGGAUGGGCCAGCCGCUGCCCAGCUGGCUCCGAGAAGAGCUGGUCCACACUAGGUAGCAGCACCACAGCGGGACACUACAGCUGCACAGACUGAACCACCCCCCACCCCCCUCUCUGGGCUAAUCUGGGAAAUGAUGGGAGCACCCUGCACGCUGAAGAUCCCAAAUGGUUUUUGAAAGAGACGUAUACCUAUCAAAAAUGAGAGAUUUGAACAUGGGUUUCCAAUGCAGAACUCAAGUCCUGUUUUGAUCUUCACAAAGAUGGGACAAAAGGGGGCGGUAAGGUAGAAAAUGGCAUACAUGAGAACUGGUCGGGGCAGGGAGCAUAGGCACUUGCUUUCCAUUAAUCCCUCGAGAUGCCUCAAUCCUUACACAGGACAAGCCCUGGUUCUGGCCCCCGCCAUGUUUUCAAGAAGAGGGGAAGGCACAGGAAUGUGUUCAUUAAUCACAGCCCUGCUUCCCUCAGUCAGGCCUUCUUCUUCUUCUUCUCAUGAACUCAAAAUUUCAUCCUGAAAUCAAAGGAAGGAAAGAAGUCUGAUCCUUGGCUCGUCUUCGCAGUGCCAGGUUUUUGGGGAAGAGGGGUGGAAUACACUUGAAAACACAACUGACUGUGUCUGCAAUUCUGCGUUGUGUUGUAUGACUUGUCUUGUCUGGAGCACAUUGGAACCGGCGACGUAAAAUGUACGCAGAUGAGAGCUUGAUUGACAGAAAGGCAUUAGUUGCAGAUGCCUUUUGGAAGUAAAUGAGAACAGGACAUCUGGUGUACUGACUCAGGCUACAUGUUGUAGCCUUAUUUGAUAGGCCUUGGUAGAAUCUAGUUAUCGCAUUUACAAGUGCCAGGACAGAAUCUUCAUCAAAACAUAACAUGGACUUUUGAGGGUUCUUGUUUUUUUUAAAGAUAGUUUGUUUGUUUUUUUGUUGUUGUGUUUUUGUUUUGUUUUUUUGUUUGUUUUUUUACUCAGAUUUUAUUUGUUUUAACUUUUCUAUGAUGCUGUUGGUAACACAUUAUUGUAGAAUGUACCACAAGGCAAAACAUUUUAGCUCAGUUUCAGUUUUCUCAUCGAGGCCAGAUGUAGGGCGGGCUGGUUUGUUCAACCGUUCUUUUAGCUUUCCCUCUAGUCAUUUUCACGACCGUGGCAAUGGCUAAAGCAGGAACCGUGAGAUACAUGUUGAAAGCACAAUAUUUAAGCCACUCGAGUGAACAGCAGUUGUCGGCAUACAGGUUGUCGGAAAGCACACUAAUGAAAUGAAUCCUACUACAAUCUGUGAAGAUGACCAUAAGCUAGCUACGUUGAAUAAGCACUGUGGUUCAAGAGAUUCAAGCAGAGUGUACAGAACAAGAACAUCCAUUUUAGCACCACAGUAUCCGCAUUGGGUUUCGUCAGAACUGUAUAUUUUGUCCUCUUGUUUUGUUUCAUUUAGCAGAUGAACUUAAGUUGGGAAAAAUGUCUCUGGGAAAAAAAAAUAAACUUUGAAAAAAAAAAAACGUGUAAAGAUGCCAGGCAAACCAACAGUAUGACUCGUAGACCAUACGGACGUUUGGGUAUCGGUCAAGGUAUUACCACUGCAACUAGAUGUCAAGCAUAGAUAACAAAAGCUGCUCUUAUUGCAAUAGUUUUGUACAAUGUUCUGAUGUAAUAACAAUGCACAUGUUGGUCCUUUUAUUUCCUGACUUUGUAAUGUACAUAAUGCGCAACCCUUGGUAGACCUAAAUUAUUGAAUGUGUUUGGGUUUACACUCUCCAUCAGCCCCUCUUACAGUGUGAAAUGUCAGUGCUGUUCCAAGGGGAGGGGGAGUGUGUUGUUGCCGUUGGGAUCGUUUCAUCGUAUGGAGGUUUUGGUCAUAAGAUUGUUCCCUCUCACAUCCUCUCACUGCCAACUGUUGUACAGAGGUACUGGAUCUCUCCAUAUAAAGUAUUAAGUGAUAACAUAACAGCAACGAUGGUACUAAUCUCCUGGACUGUAUGAUAAAGAUUUGUAAUUGUUGUCAAUAAUUUUUACAGUGUAACUAAUAUUGUCGGUGCUUUUUAAUUUGCAAAUAAAACACCACUGUAUUUUUCA